AUGGCAAAGGUUCAGGCGAACAAUGUAGUGGUGCUGGGUAACCCUUCUCCUUUCUACAACCCCUUCCAGUUCGAGAUCACCUUCGAGUGCAUCGAGGACCUGUCUGAAGACUUGGGAUGGAAAAUUAUCUAUGUGGGCUCUGCAGAAAGUGAAGAAUACGACCAAGUUUUAGACUCUGUUUUAGUGGGUCCUGUUCCUGCAGGAAGGCAUAUGUUUGUAUUUCAGGCUGAUGCACCUAAUCCAGGACUCAUUCCACAUGCAGAUGCAGUAGGUGUAACAGUUGUAUUAAUUAUAUGCACCUAUCGAGGUCAAGAAUUUAUUAGAGUUGGCUAUUAUGUAAAUAAUGAAUAUACUGAGACAGAAUUAAGGGAAAAUCCGCCAGUAAAACCAGCCUUUUCUAAGCUUCAAAGGAAUAUUUCGGCAUCUAAUCCCAGAGUCACAAGAUUCCACAUUAAUUGGGAAGAUAACACAGAAAAACUGGAAGAUGCGGAAAGCAGUAAUCCAAAUUUGCAGUCACUUCUUUCAACAGAUGCAUUGCCUUCAGCAUCAAAGGGAUGGUCCACGUCAGAAAACUCACUAAAUGUCAUGUUAGAAUCCCACAUGGACUGCAUGUGA